AUGGGUUUAAAAUUUUAUGUAUUAGUUUUUCUUAUUUUAUGUUUGAAGAAUGUUGUAAAAGGGGAUAAGUGUGAAAUUGAAUUUUCAAGAUUAUAUCCGGAGUCAAAUUCUUUGACUGGUUUAAUUUAUGCACAUACUGAACGUGUUCAUAAUUUAUCUAUGUGGGUUUAUUUUCUUUACAAUCACUUUAGUAGUGCAGAUGAAUUAAUAAAAUAUUUAGAAAAAAUGAACAUAAAUACUUUAGAAAGUAGGGAUCAUAAAUGUUUUGCUAGAGCAGUUACUUUAUAUUUCUUUUAUUACUAUCUUAAGGAUAUUAAGUCUAUGUUAAGUACAGAUGAUUAUCAAUCAUUUUUUAAGAAUAAAUUCAAAGAUAUUAAUCCAUUGUUUAUUAAUGAUUUUAUUUUAAUUCUCAAUGAUAAGAAAUUUAUGGAAAAUUUGGAUUUAUAUAUAAUUAAAGAAUCUGAGAGAGAACAUUUGGUUAUAAAGAAGAAUCCACUUUUACGUAUAUUGAAUAAAGCAUCAACUAGUACACAUGCAACAUAUAAGUCUAAUCCCUUCUUUAUAGUAGGAUCAAGAGUUCAAACACCUUAUAAUGAUUACUUUGGAGAUUUUAAUAAAUAUACUGAUAUAAGUGUACUUGAUUUUGUUCGUGAUUACAAUUUUUUAAUUUAUGCUGGUUCAAAGGAAAAUUACUACAAUUCAGAUAUAGCAGGACCAGCAAGAAGUGUUAAUAAUGUAAUUAGUAAGAAUAAAACAUUAGGAUUGAGAAAACGUAGUAGUUCUCUUGCUUUAGUAGGAACAAAUAACAAUGACCCUAUAUUUGCUUAUUGUGAAAAAGAUAAUAAAUCAGAAUAUUACGGUACACCAGAUGAUUUAAUUACAUCUUUCUUUUCAAUUAUAAAAACUAAAAUGUUAAAUUCUCAUAAAAAGUUUUUAAGACAAUUUGAUUAUGCUUUAUUUCAUAAAACAUAUUCAAUACCUAACUUAAAAGGUUUCAGAUUUUUGAAACACCUUUUCCAAAGAAAGAAUUUAGUGAAUUUUGUAGGUAUGUAUGAAAAUCACGUAUCAACAGAAAUAAAUUUCUUAGCUGAAGAUUUCGUUGAAUUAUUUGAUGUAACUAUGGAUUGUUAUUCUCGCCAAUAUUCAAACCGUGCUGCAGAAAACUUCAAAGCUAUUAGAGAAUUAAAUGUUCUUUAA